AGACACGCCGAGUGAACAAGACGAAGUAACAUAGGUAGGUAAGCGAUUCGAAAGAGCCAUCUGAGUGAUUAGGUACCUAGGUACGUACUUAUAUACCUGAUUUCUUAAACAAAUUUAGGCCAAGCGGAGAGGACUGUUACUCUUGCCUUCGUUUCCGGUAGCCCGCUCUUGCACUCGCUGGCCCUCAUCCUUAUUACCAAACCGAUUCCGCUUACCCAGGUGGCCGUAAGACAUACCCUACGUGCGGUUUAAAGAUGGAGGAUUAUCUAAAUCAUCACACCAAUAUCAACUACAACUUAAGCAACCCAGGCGUUAUAGUAGGCAGAGCAAGUAGAACUCUAAUCGUAGGGACCCAGAAUAAUCAUAUCAUGAGAAAUGAAAACAACGUCAAGCGGGAGGUACAUUCAGACCUCCCUAAAUUCCCCGUUUUUAGUAUUCCAUUCCCUUCCAAUCCGAACUUUUCCGGUCGAUGUGAUAUCCUCCGCACCCUAGAUGAAAAGAUUCGUAGUGUAGCACCUACCGCUACCUCCGAAGAACAGCAUUUGAGGUCAUGUCUGGUAUAUGGGAUAGCUGGGGUAGGGAAAACUCAAGUUGCUCUCAAGUACUGCUAUCGCUACAAAGCAUCAUACGACGCGAUAUUCUGGCUUCAAGCAGAGAGCAAGGGGAAACUAUUUCACGACGCACUCGAAAUGCAACGGAAGCUCCAGCUUUCCAAAGAAGAAAAUAAGGACACUAUCGUUGAAACACUUCAACAUUGGCUUCAGGUGACUAAGAACAAAUGGCUUCUUGUGUUUGACAACGCGGAAUGCUGGGGGACUCUAGAGCCUUUAAUACCUCGAACAGCACAUGGUUCAGUAAUUAUUACAUCGCAGCAUGACAUGUUUGGCGAUAUGACUACCUCCAAUAUACACCUCAGACCGCUUAACAAAUUCGAGGGAGGAGCCCUUCUUGCGAAGCACCUAGGUAAUCAUGGGCACCACACGGAUGAUCAAAACGAUAUAAAUUUAUUAUGUGACGAGCUAGGUGGCCUUCCCCUAGCCAUAGCACAAAUUGCUGGCUACAUCACUCAGUCCAAGUCUUCUGUCACGGCCGUCCUUGCUAAAUUCCAGAAACGCAGCUCUAUGGCGAAAAUUUUUGACGGAUUUACCGGCGUCCCGGCACUUCAGUAUAACAGGACCCUCAGUAAUGUCUGGGAUGUAGCAUUGCAGGAACUGGAUGAACCGGCGCAAACCGUUCUCCAGGUACUCUCCAUGCUCGAUGCAGAUGGGGUCCCCCAUUCGUUACUGUUUGGGGACCACGGAUGCGCACAACUAUUGGAGUUGAAAGAUUCUGAACGUGCUAUCGCCACCCUCGCAACUAGACAACUUGUUACUAUUUCAAAAAAUAAGGGGGAGAAAACAUAUUCAACGCAUCGAGCCUUGCAGAAGAGUGUGCAGCUGAGAUUGGAUGGCAAUGGCAAGUUUCAGCACAUUUUCCAAAUAGCUUGUGGCCUGGUCCGCAGAAAGUUUCCUCGUCAAUCGCCAACCCAACUCCCACAAAACGACAAGUGGAAUGUUUGCGAGCAACUUAGUCCUCACAUAAUGAGCCUCAGGAACGUAUAUGAAGCAUCGGAUAAGAAAGAUCAGUUAUUGUCUAUAGAGUUCGCACAACUUCUCGGCGACGUGGCGAAUUAUUUUUGGGAGCGAAACCUUACUGUCACUGGUCUGGAGGCCUGCGAAACCGCAGAACGUAUCUGUGAUGGAUUGACUGGAAAGUUCUUAAGUGAGAGGGCUGAGAUUUACAUCUUGGGUGUAGGCCUAAGGGAGUAUCAUGGGAUUUCCGACCGCGAAGCAUCGCGUUACCGCUGCGAAAAGUCAUUGGCACUCCGCCAAGAAUACAUCAACAACCUACCACCUGCUAAUGCAAGUAAAGUUGACGUGGAGAAUUAUGCCAAUGCCUGGCAUAAUCUAAGCUGUAUUCUCAUGGAAUAUGGCUUUUACGAAGAGGCUCUACAAUACCAGGGAUUGGCUAUUUCUAUUAGGAAUACGAACGGCGAGAGCAACGAGAUUGCCAAUGCCCAAAGUGAGCUAUACAGGAGCCUCUGUCUUACCGUGCUCGGGAAACAUUCCCAGGCUCUCAAGGUGGCUGAAUCUCUUGAAGUCAUGAUCGAAGAGCUACCGAAUGAAGAGAAGAACAUGCUUUCGGUGGCCCUAAUACAGUUUCAAUUUCACUUGGCAGAAGUAUACUUUGCUACCGGCCGAGUUGAAACUGCCCUUGAAAAAAUGCAAAAAGUCUCGGAGUUACGAGGUCAAUAUUUUGGAUUUAAGGGAGCUACACUGGAUGCAUACUAUAUGCUCGGUGUUAUGGAAUGGCGGAGGGAAAAUAUUGAUGAAGCUGAGUAAGAUUUUUGCUUCCAUAUUUGUUCUAAUUUUGAUUAUUUUUUUUCAUUUUCCAGACAAUAAUUCAUUACCCCUACCCAAUAAUUGCCUUUCCCUCCGAGCUUUUCAUUUCUACUACACAGCCUUCAAAUGCGUCGCA